UCGUAGUCGUCGUCAGCCGCACAUUCCAGCCUUGACACGCUCUCUCACUAAUUAAUCACAACCACUCACCCACCACUUCCACCACCAACACCACAACCGCCAACAUGUCCGCCGAGGAAGAUCUCAUCGACUACUCUGACGACGAGCUCAACAACGAGUCCGCCGCUCCCACCAACGGCAAGAAGGCCGAGGCUGUCCCCGCCGGCCAGACUGUCGACACCAAGAAGGGCUCCUAUGUCGGCAUCCACUCGACUGGCUUCCGCGACUUUCUGCUGAAGCCCGAACUUCUUCGCGCCAUUGCCGAUUGCGGCUUCGAGCAUCCCUCGGAGGUUCAGCAGACAUGUAUCCCCCAGGCCAUGCUUGGUGGUGAUAUCAUCUGCCAAGCCAAGUCCGGUCUCGGUAAGACGGCUGUCUUCGUCCUUACCACUCUUCAGCAAGUCGAGCCCGUCGCCGGCGAGUGCUCUGUCCUCGUCAUGUGCCACACUCGGGAGCUCGCUUUCCAGAUCCGCAACGAGUACAACCGCUUCAGCAAGUACAUGCCCGACAUCAAGACCGGCGUCUUCUACGGUGGUACUCCCAUCCAGAAGGAUGCCGAGGUCCUCAAGAACAAGGAGACCCAUCCCCACAUCAUUGUCGGUACUCCCGGUCGUCUCAACGCCCUGGUGCGCGACAAGCACCUCCGUCUCGGAAGCGUCCGCAUGUUCGUUCUCGAUGAGUGCGACAAGAUGCUCGACCAGAUCGACAUGCGCCGCGACGUUCAGGAGAUUUUCCGCGCCACUCCCCAGCAGAAGCAGGUCAUGAUGUUCUCCGCUACCCUGUCGGACGAGAUCAAGCCUAUCUGCCGCAAGUUCAUGCAGAACCCUACCGAGCACUACGUUGACGAAGACACCAAGUUGACCCUUCACGGUCUUCAGCAAUACUACAUUCCUCUUGAGGAGCGCGAGAAGAACCGCAAGCUCAACGAGCUUCUCGACGAGCUGCAGUUCAACCAGGUCAUCAUCUUCGUCAAGAGCACUCUCCGUGCUACCGAGCUGGACAAGCUUUUGCGCGAGUGCAACUUCCCCUCGAUCGCUGUCCACUCCGGUGUGAGCCAGGAGGAGCGUAUCCGUCGUUACAAGGAAUUCAAGGAAUUCAACAAGCGUAUCUGCGUCGCCACUGACGUCUUUGGUCGUGGUAUCGAUAUCGAACGCAUCAACCUUGCCAUCAACUACGAUCUCCCCGCCGACGCCGACUCUUACCUCCAUCGUGUCGGUCGUGCUGGUCGUUUCGGUACCAAGGGUCUUGCCAUCUCCUUCGUUACCACUGACCAGGACAAGGAGGUCCUCAAGGCCAUUGAGAAGCGCUUCGAGGUUGCUCUUCCUGAGUUCCCCAAGGAAGGUAUCGAUGCCUCCACCUACAUGGCUUCCUAAAUGGUUUAUCAAAGAUAGGACAGUAUGUAGCGUGUUUUGAGGAUAGAUAAUGUGUCAAGGGCUUUCGGUCACAAGUUUGUCU